ACGAAGUACGGCAGACAUCAUAUUCGCCGGAUAGAGGGUUUGGUUUUUUAGUUCUAUUACGGAUAUUAAUGCGUAUGCGGCUACCAUUUUAUAGACUGAUAACUAGAAUGAGGAUUGUGUUUCUGGCUGUUUCCUGUUUUGUCUUCGAUGUUUCAUCUGUCAAUGUACUAACAUGGUCGACCACCUCAAACACCUACAAGUGUAACUGUGUCACUGGACAAUAUGGAGGUCACACACCAUGUCUAGAUGGUCAGUGUUCUACAUGGUGGUUUGGUCCUGCCUGCCAGUACCAAAAUCUCCUAAACGACAACUACACAACGGAUGUAAAUAAAAACUUGUAUGAUGGCAGAGACGACACUUGUGUUAGUGCAACGGAUUCGAUUAAUAUAACAUUUAAAAACUCCUACCUGUUUACAUGGUUACGGUUUACUGUUCUAGACGCAGGCAGUAACAAGGACAGCUUUAGCCUAACGUUCAAGAACAACACACCCGACUGGACAAUCCCCUGCAACAAACUAAACACCAACGUAGUCAACAACAGGACAACGGACGUCUGGUGUGAUAUGAACCAAACAACAAAUGCUCUCAAGUUGACAUGGAACAAACCCAUCACAAUUUGUUCGCUCUACAUCAGUGGAGGUCGCAACCUUGCAUAUAAUCAGUCUACAGCUCAAUCUUCAACUUAUCAAGAAAAUGUAACACCAUUUGUUUCCGCGUUGGCUGUAGAUGGUGACAUUGAUGGCGUCUUUACACACAAUUCCUGUACGCACACAUCAGCAGAUGAAAAGAAUGGGGCUCCAUAUUGGAACAUUACGUUUUCUGGGGCAUAUUACAUUAACAGAUGCGUACUUUACAACAGAUGGGAUGACAACGGAGUUCGACUUCGGCAGUUUAAACUUGAAAUGUUGGACGACCAUAAUAAAGUGAUAGCUGAGCACCAUGAUAGAUCAAAUGUUAACCAACCACUUUAUGCUGUAACUACUCCAUCAGUCUUGGUCAAGUCUUUAAGAGUCACUGCAACUUAUGAUAGCGGAUACGGGAAGUUUGUGACAUUGUGUGAAUUCGAAAUAUACGGAGAUUCUAUCUGUGAGUUGGGCAAGUUUGGGCUAGAAUGUGAGAAGACUUGUAACUGUGCUACAGACGAGGCUUGUUUUGUUGCUACUGGAGGAUGUCCUUCUGGCUGUAAGGCUGGGUACUAUGGGGAGGCUUGUGACAGGGCAUGUGUGCCACACACCUGGGGUAUCAGUUGUAACCAAAGCUGUAAUGACCGUUGUAUAGACAACACCUGUAACAGGUUUAAUGGAGACUGUGAUAAAGGAUGUAAAGUCGCUCAUCAGCCGCCGGCUUGUACACAGGCUUGCCAUGAGACGUAUUACGGCACCAACUGCUCACAAAGAUGUAGUCCCAACUGUAACAACAGUCUAUGUCAUCCUGUCAAUGGUCAUUGUUUGUCUUGUUAUGCUGGCAGUGAGGGGGAUUUUUGUGAUCAGCAUUGUCAUGCAACGUAUUACGGCACCAACUGCUCACAAAGAUGUAGUCCCUACUGUACCAACAGUCUAUGUCAUCCUGUCAAUGGUCAUUGUUUAUUUUGUGAUAACGGCAGUGUGGGGGAUUUUUGUGAUCAGCCUUGCCAUGAGACGUAUUACGGCACCAACUGCUCACAAAGAUGUAGUCCCAACUGUAACAACAGUCUAUGUCAUCCUGUCAAUGGUCAUUGUUUGUCUUGUUAUGCUGGCAGUGAGGGGGAUUUUUGUGAUCAGCAUUGUCAUGCAACGUAUUACGGCACCAACUGCUCACAAAGAUGUAGUCCCUACUGUACCAACAGUCUAUGUCAUCCUGUCAAUGGUCAUUGUUUAUUUUGUGAUAACGGCAGUGUGGGGGAUUUUUGUGAUCAGCCUUGCCAUGAGACGUAUUACGGCACCAACUGCUCACAAAGAUGUAGUCCCAACUGUAACAACAGUCUAUGUCAUCCUGUCAAUGGUCAUUGUUUGUCUUGUUAUGCUGGCAGUGAGGGGGAUUUUUGUGAUCAGCCUUGCCAUGAGACGUAUUACGGCACCAACUGCUCACAAAGAUGUAGUCCUAACUGUACCAACAGCCUAUGUCACCCGUUCAAUGGUCAUUGUUUGUCUUGUAAAGAUGGAAGUGAGGGGGAUUUCUGUGAUCAAACAUGUGAUCCCUAUCAUUAUGGAAAACUUUGUGAAUUGAAUUGCUCCAUCAGCUGUUUCCAAUCAAAAUGUGACAGCGUCAGUGGUCAAUGUGAAAAAUGUUAUCCGGGUUCGACAGGAAAAUUUUGUCAAAACGAGAAAGACCAGCCAAAUGAAAGGGCUGAAGGAAUUGGAAUUGGUGUGGCCAUCGGUGUUGUAGUAACUGCCCUUCUGUUUCUAAUUACCGCAGUACUUCUACACCGCAUCAAAAUGUGGUCGUGGAGAAAAAAUGAUAAAAUAAAAGAAGAAAAACAUGAUCAUACUCCGGACUCUAAACUUGAGUCAGAGCAACACAAGAUUUACACCGAGGCAAUCGAAACUGAGGAGGUUAAUUUACAAGUUAACUCAAGCUCAUACGCAAACCACAAUGUUCACACUUACGAUGUGAUUAAUUUACAAGAUGUUGAGAAAUCUGAUUAUCGUGUAUUUAACACGUAAUGUUAAUAUGAAAUAUGAAAUAAAAUAACUUGUAAUAUCGAGCUCUAUGUAAUUAUAGAUGAAUGAGUAAUUGUGUCAAAUUGUAGUUAAAACACCUAUUUGAACAUUUUUUUAAAAAGUUGCGUUGUUGUUUUGACGCUGGAAAAUAAAUAAUUUUCAUGUUUUUGUUUGAUUGUAACUGUUUAUUUUUAUGCAUCGUUUCGAGACGGCUGUACAAAUCCCGACUUUGGAUUGGCUAAUGUACAUUGCA